UGCAUAUCGAGACCUAACGGGUUGAGUGACGUUUGCGACUGCCGGACACAUAGACGCAUUGAGUGACGAAAGCUGCAUGCUGAAACAUCACAGGUUGAUUGGUAUUGGAGAUUGCCGGACACAUAGACGCGUUGAGUAAGGAUAGCUGUAUACUGAAAAUCCACAGUAGAUAUAGUGAGGGGACAAUUCGAAAAUGCAGUACACGUAGACCCGACCCCCAUCCAGUACCCGAACCCCCCCUGAAAAAUAGAGGUCAUGCGCCUCCCCCCCUCUCUCUACCUCCCCCAGAGCGUGAGGAGGGUACAGUCCAAAGCGAUCGGGCAGCACGUAGAAGACAACUCGAAUGACAACGGAUUGAGGAUGCUUGAAUUCUUGGGAAGCAACGAACUGAUGGUGUUGAACGGUAGGAGGGAAUGCGAUAAGCCGGAGUUCACCAGGCAUCGGGCAGUUUGCCAUGAAUACUCGAUCCUCGACUACAUCCUGGUAGAUAAGGGGAACACGCAGAUCCCAGAGCUGCACGUAAGUGCGAUAGAUACAGGUCCGACCGACCACUUCCUCAUAUGGGCAAACAUCGACCGAUCCAGAAAGAUCAAGAGUAAGAAACAGAGGAAAGUGUUCCGAUGGAAGGUAGAGCGUUUGGGAGACGAUGGGACACGGGAUGAAUUCCAGAAGGGGCUGGCUGGUAGUGUAGAAUCCUUCAGGAAACUGCUGAGAAGCGUCGAAGACGGACAGGUAGACGUACAGACAGCAGGGGACAGGGUGAUUGAAGGGUGGGAGUCCAUCGUGAACGCAACGGCAGAGAGAAUAGUGGGAAGGAAGGUGGUACGAUGUGGGGUAUCGGUUAAGUGGUGGGAUGACGAGCUGAAAGAAGAAAUAGGGGAACGUAGAGAUGUCUUCAAGCAGUACCUGAGUGAGGCAUCUGAGGAGAGUUGGGAAAAGUACAGGGCCAAGAGAAAACAGUUGGAAGUCGUAGAGGCAGUCCGGAAGGGAGUAAAAGUAGGGGACACGGAAACGUCGGUUUCAGGAAUGCUGUUUGCGGAUGAUUUUGUCGGUAUGUCGGACACCCCUGAGGGACUGCAACUUGCCGUCAUGGUUUGCAACGAGAACAAGGAGGAACCAGUAGAACAUAGAUGGAAGUGGGGGAUCGAGGAGAUUGCAGUAGUGGACCAGUACACAUACCUCGGAGUAGAGAUCGCAAAAGACUGCUCGUGGAAUGCACACAUGUCCAAGGUAGCGGAAAAGGGCAAAGCACAAGCAGGGAAGCUGCAUCCAAUACUCGCAAACCGGCACCUCGAUACAUGCAUCAAAUUGACGAUUUUGAAGAGGGUAAUCGUACCGCCGCUAGAAUGA